UUUGAUCCAGCAAAAGUAGUUUUGUUAUGGGGAUGUUUAUAUGGCCGACCCUGCUUUUCCCUUGAUCAUCAUGUGUCCGAAUUUCGUUCAUCCAAUUUAUUCUUACGAAUUUCCAUCCGCUAUGGAAUUGUUCAUGGGUCGCCAAUUUCACUUUCAAUCUGCAUUUGAUGUGGCUUCCGAGGCCUUUUCUGAAUACCUUUCUCGUUUGAUCGUCGUUAUCUGACCCUUGGCUCUUUGAGCACAGGCUUUUUAUCUCUUUUUCUUUUUUCGCGAUUUUUGUUUCUAUUUCUUCGUCUUUCUGCGUUGCGAUGAGUUGCGGUUCGGAUUUGAUGUCUGGGAAUUCUGAGGCUGAUGAUUUUGAUAUUUUAGACAAGGAUCCAACUGGACGAUAUAUACGGUACGAUGAGAUCUUGGGUAAAGGGGCAUUCAAGACAGUAUUCAAAGCUUUCGAUAAAGCUGGUGGAAUCGAAGUUGCUUGGAGCCAAGUGGACAUUGAAGAUGUUUUGCAGUCACCUGAACAACUUCAAAGAUUGUAUUCUGAGGUUCAUUUGCUGAAGUCACUGAAACAUGAGAAUAUUAUCAAGUUCUUUAGUUACUGGGUUGAUGAUAACACUAAGACUAUCAACAUGAUUACAGAAUUGUUCACUUCUGGGAGUUUGAGGCAAUAUCGAAAGAAGCACAGGAAAGUGGACUUGAAGGCUUUCAAGAACUGGGCAAGGAAGAUACUGCGGGGUUUAACGUAUUUGCACGGUCAUGAUCCUCCAAUUAUUCACAGGGAUUUGAAAUGUGAUAAUAUAUUUGUCAAUGGAAAUACUGGAGAAGUUAAAAUCGGAGAUCUCGGAUUGGCGAUCGUCUUGCAGCAGCCGACUGCCCGAAGUGUAAUUGGCACUCCAGAGUUCAUGGCUCCAGAGCUCUAUGAUGAGGACUACAAUGAACUUGUUGAUAUCUAUUCUUUUGGCAUGUGCAUGUUGGAAAUUGUUACUUGUGAAUACCCAUAUAAUGAGUGCAAAAAUUCUGCCCAAAUAUUCAAGAAGGUUACUUCUGGUGUAAUGCCUGCUUCCCUUGAAAAAGUGUUGGAUCCUCAAGUUAAGCAGUUCAUAGAGAAGUGUCUGGUUCCAGCAUCCAUGAGACUACCUGCAAGUGAACUCUUGAAAGAUCCAUUCCUUGCAACUGAAAAUCGCAAGGAUCAUAGUUCUGAACGUUCAAUGUUAUUGAAUGCGCAGUUCGAAUCAGUAAAUCCUCCUCUGCUGGAUACUAAUCCAAUGGACAUGGAUCACAAUUGCAGCAAACUCUCAGGCUCAGUGGCCUCAUCUAUCGAAAGCAAUAAUGAAAUUUCUCACUUUUCAACUCAGGAACUCAAGACGCUCACCGAGAACAAUGAAUUGACACUGAAAGGGGACAUGACUGAUCAUAAUUCAAUUUCGUUCCAUUUGCGCAUUGCCGAAUUAUCUGGUCAAUCUAAGAAUAUCCAUUUUGCGUUCUUUCUUGAUUCCGAUACUGCGUUGGCUAUUGCUUUGGAGAUGGUUGAACAACUUGAACUGUCAAAUGAAGAUGCUACCAUCAUAGCACAACUGAUAGAUGAAUUAAUUGCUAAGUUUGUUCCCAGUUGGCAACAAUGUACAAAUUUUUGUGACGGACUAAUUACUGAACAUAGUUCUUCUGAAACCGAAGAGGAUAAGGCCUUCAGUCCUCCUCUCUUCUCUGAGAUGGUACUGUCUUCUCCCUUGGUGGGUGCCGGUAGGAAAACUCUGACAGAAUUGGCGGAGGUGGAACAUCAAGAAAACCAGCAGACAAUCAUCUCAUGUGCAUCUCUGGACUACAACCACUCAACCAUCUCAGAUUACAGCAUGGGAAAAGGAGGAUCAGAGUGUGGUGACUUCAGCCACCCCGAAUGCGACAAAGCUUUUAUAAGCAGCGGCAGCGGAACCAGUGAUUUAGAUGCUGUUGGAUCUGUUUCAACUAUGUUCGAUUUCGCCAAACCGUCCCUAAUCUCCUCCUGCUCAGGAAUGUCGAAAGAAUUGAGCUUGUCUAACUUCUCCAAUUUUUCUGUGGAAGAAAGAGACCAGCAUGAUGAACUGAAGAUGGAGAUUGAUGCCAUUGACAUGCAGUACCACCAGUGCCUUUGUGAACUGUCGAGAAUGAGAGAGGAAGCUAUUGAAAGUGCCAAGACGAGGUGGAUGUCAAAGAAGAAAGGUGCGGCUAUUUGAAUGGAGCCCUCUGGAUUUACAAGUUUGUUUUCUUCAUCAUCUUCUUCAUUUUUUGGCAACUCUGGCAAGAUGGAUGGGGACAUGUUCUUAUUUUACUACUGAGCUUAUUAUAUUUAGCAGUCUAUCCAUCCAUCCAACCAAGUCGUAACUCCCAACAUCUUCUCACUCUGAGCUCGGCCAUGUUUAACUUAUAUAUACACCAAUUCAUUUCAUAGUUUAGACACGUUCGUUCAUUCA